CAGGCGCAUGCGCAGAUCAGUUUACAGUUGGAGCUUGGAAGAAAAUGGCGUCAGCUAAGUUUCUGGAGGAAGCUCUGAGCACGGAUGUCGAUGAAUCCGCAGUGAACGCGAUAGUGGGCUCCCUCGAGACGCAGCUGGUGACGUCGACGCCGACCGUUGCCGGGCAUCAAGCAAGCGCCGCGUCGGCCAGCCAGCAGAAUCACCAGGUCAACAGCGCGAUCUCCAACGGGGGCACCAUCACCGCGGUGCAGCCACAGAAGCAUGGGGUUUCCAACGGCGGCGGCGCGACUACCGUGAACAGUCUCAUGACUCAGGAGGUCACCAAGUCGAUCACCACCAGCACCCUGCUGCCCGUGAACGUGGUUACCUCCAACACAGUGGCGCCACAGGUCAUCACCACGCAGCAGCAGCCGCAGCCACAGCCACAGCCACAGCAGCCACAGCCACAGCAGCAGCAGCAGCAGCAACAACAACAGCAGCAGCAGCACACGCAGCCGCCUGGGCUAUCUCCCGCUACCUACAUUAAUCAAGUGACGACCAACCAGGUGUCCAGCAACCAGACCACGCAUAUACCGAGCUUGACCAAGACGCACGAACCGGUCAAGCUCAUCUAUCCCACGGUCGGGCAAGUUAUAACCACCACGGGGGUGGCAAAUGCCAAUAAUAAGCUCACGUUUCCCGCACAGACUGUCGGGCAGUUAGCGAACGGUACUUUAGGUAUAACGUCGCAGGCAGUGCUGCAGACCACGAACGUUGUUACCAAUGUCGGCUCCGUCAGCCAGGCUGCCAGUCAGACAGUGACCGCGGUCAACAAGCCGACCGGGGCAGCUUUAGUGAUCAAGACCAGUGUAGCACCUGGCAUGGUUUCAGUUCCAAUGUCUGUCCCGGUCUCCGUGGCUGGCAAUGCGGUCAGCACAGCGUUGCAGGCCAAGGCUGGAGUCACUUCGACCAUAGUACCCAGCAAUGUUCAAAUCCUCAAUGUAAAUACGAUGCGCCCCGCCACACCGGUAGUGGGGCAGCAGGCCACCAAGCAGGUUACUCCUAGAGUCGUCAUCGGGCAGCAAUUGGUUGGAGCACGAACUGGCGGUUCGGGGAUAACAUUACAGGCACUUCAUAGUCUUCAAGCGGGUGCUCAAGGUCAUCUGUUGUUAAAAACAGAAAAUGGACAGUAUCAGUUGUUGAGGGUGGGUCCAGCCCCGACCGCGGGCACUCCAACUGGUACUGCAGUCACACCGAAUAGUAUAACUGGCAACGCAGUAGUUGCCGCACCAUCUCCAGGCACUACCUACCGCCUAACUUCAGUGCCGACUGUAAGUAGGCUGAAUACUCAGUUCACUGGCCCACCACUCGCCACCCUAAGAAAAUCUGUUCAGACUGUUGCUCCUACUAUUACUACAUCUACUACAACCCCAGGAACAGUGACUACUGCACCUACAACUACUUCUGCACCAACGGCUACCACUGUUCAAACAGCUCAAACAUCUACACCGCGUCAAACUCCUGAUAAUACCAAAGAAAAGUGCCGUAAAUUCUUAGCGAACUUAUUAGAGUUAUCUAGUCGAGAGCCUAAAGCAGUGGAACGCAAUGUCCGAACUUUGAUACAAGAACUAAUUGACACUAAAGUCGAACCGGAAGAAUUCUGCGACAGGCUCGAAAAAUUGUUAAACGCUUCUCCACAACCAUGUCUUAUUGGGUUUUUGAAGAAAAGUUUACCUCUUCUACGGCAGUCGCUUGUUACGAAGGAAUUGGUCAUAGAAGGAAUAAAGCCUCCUCCACCCAGUGUUGUUUUUUCUGUAGCUUCGGCUGUUGUUCCAGCUAUUACGCAACCUCAGUACAGACCUGCAGUAGCAGUGGCAGCAACUGUUCCUGUAACAGCGACUGCAGCAGCAACAACACAGGUGAGAGUAAUGGCACCACUUCCAACAGCAGUGACUGCAGCAGCAGUGGUUACAACAACGGUUCCGCGGCCUGCCCAAGCUAUUCCACAGAGGCUGGUUCGACCAGUAACGACAGUGGUUCGGACCCCAACCACACCGUUUACUGUGAAAACGACAGUAGCAACAACUGGAAUUCGCCCCACUGCCCCCGUUGUGCAAAAACCACCCAUAGUCGCAACUACGAUUAUAAAACCAAUCACUACUACGCAAGGCAAAACACUCAAUACAACCACUACUGUUAAUAAAGCCGUAGUGCCUUCUCUUGUUCAAAAACCGGCUGCGAAGGAGAAAGAGAAAAAGACGUUUCCAUCAGCAGGAUACACGGCGGACGAUGAUAUAAAUGAUGUAGCAGCUAUGGGUGGUGUUAAUCUUGCGGAGGAAUCUCAAAGAAUACUCGGUUCUACAGAAUUUGUUGGCACUCAGAUACGAUCCUGUAAAGAUGAAGUAUUUUUGCACAUGACACCGUUACAACAAAGAAUUAAACAAAUUGCAUCCAGUCAUGGGCUGGAAGAACCUAACCAAGAAGUAGCGGCGUUAAUUUCGCAUGCUGUUCAAGAGAGGUUAAAGAAUUUAGUAGAAAAGUUAGCAGUCAUAACGGAACACAGGAUAGAUCUUAUAAAGGUUGACCCUAGAUAUGAAGUAACGCAAGAUGUAAGAGGGCAAUUAAAAUUUUUGGAAGAUUUAGAUAGAAUUGAACGUAGAAAGCACGAAGAGCAAGAACGUGAAGUACUUUUACGUGCUGCAAAGAGUCGCGCAAAAACAGAGGAUCCCGAGCAAGCAAAAUUAAAAGCUAAGGCCAAAGAGAUGCAACGUGCAGAGAUGGAAGAAUUAAGGCAUAGGGAUGCAAAUCAAACAGCUUUGCAAGCAAUUGGCCCUCGUAAGAAGCCUAAACUCGAUGUGGCAGGAUCGACCAACAGUACUCCUGGCGCAAAUGCAUCAGCGAGCGGAAUGAAUAGGCAAAUGCCAAUGAGACCACGUUUGAAGAGAGUGAACUUCAGGGAUUUGAUAUUUCUUCUCGAACAGGAGAAAGAAACGUGUAGAAGCACAAUGCUGUAUAAAUCGUACUUGAAGUGAUGCACUGUGAAGGGCAGGAACUUUAGUGACCCGCCCAAAAUCUGGCGCUCUAUCUGUAUGGUCUUGUAUGAGCUGGCCUCGAUGGAUCGUGCGACGUUAUUCUACGUUGCAAUGUAUAGUAAGUUAUUGCGAAUUGCAUAUUAUUGCAAUAAAACUUCUUGGGAAUUGGCUUGGGAUUCUGCGUAUAUUCAAAGUAAAAUUGUUUCCAUCAUGUCGAUACUAAGCUUCCCUAUUGUAAAUGACUGAACAUUUUUUAACUGUAGUAUACGUUUUUUAAAUGUAAAAUAAUAGAUCGUUCUUUAUUUUUCAACACAAAAUCGCAUCGAUAAAAGGAGUAAUGUGUAUGAGCACAUGUCUCGUGAUUAGUCUCUAUAUAGUCCUUUCGUGGCGAGAAAGAGAGAGUGAGAGAGAGAGAGAGAGAGAAAGAGAAAGAAAGAACGUAUGCAUGGCCAUAUAGAAAUAUUGUUAUAUGGUGAAUGUAUGAAUAUAUUAAGUGAAUGAGUAUGUACAUUGUCACUACGUAUAGGCUCGCUGCAUUGUAAUACUUGACCUAUACUUUUGGACACUGUAGCGCUAGUGUAAUAUAAGCAGGUUUUGUUAUAAUAGUAAAUCGUAUUUUUGCAAACUGUAAUGUAAUAAUAACAAUACCGCGAGCACACUGUCCAAAAAGUAUGGAAUAAUUUGUACAAUAUCUUACACAUAAUUACUAAAUAGUGAUAAUUUCAAUGUUGGUACAACAGAAUAUAGCUACUCUCCACCGAAAGUUGGAAUUGUUAUCAGUAUAUUAUGUUGUAUAUUGCAAUCAACAUUUUCAGUGUUUAUAAAAAAAAUUAGCUGUUACGUUUUUUAUUAAAGAAAUAUUUACAAAACUAAGAAUAACCAAUAUUUUUUUGAUUGAUGUUAAUUUAAUUAUUUAUAUUUCCUUCUCGGAAUUUUCGUGCGAAUUCUGCUAAUACUAAUGAACUUUUGUAGAAAUAUUUUGCAUAAUCAAUUAAAACAAAUUCAAAGCGAGUACCUGAUUUAUAUGUGUAAAAAAGUAGCCACAAGUGUACGUGGGUGCCUGAGAUCACAGAGAACAAUGCUUAAAAUAUCGAUUUUUAUUGAUUAUUUCAUUAUGUCGGUUUAUAUUAUAUUAUUUACAUGUCCAUAUUCUUUUCUGACACACUCGGGAAAUGUUACUUGAUGAAUUAUAAUUGAUGAUGUUUUAUACAUAUAAAACAUGAUUAAUCCUCAUAACUUACAUCAUAUCAUUUACAACGUAACGAGAGAAAUUGUGCGAUAUAAGCACAUUUUAGUAGAUAUUUUUCUCCCGUGUCAAUUGUGUUUUACAGCUCACAUAUUAAUAUUUCAUAUACUCUGGUAAUACUUUCAUUAAAAUAUUUUGUUUUGUAUUACUUUAUUAAUUUUUGAUAUAACAUUUUAUGUGUCGCCAAGAUUUUUAUUAUUAAUCACAGUAAAGAGAAAUCACACGUACUUUCGAGUACUGCCAAUUUGAAAUACCUAUUACAAAAUAGCAGUAUAUCGCCUUUAUUACUAAUCCAAACCUAAAUAUUGAUUAGAUUAUUUGGCACGGAAUAUGUCUCGUUAUGGAAUAUUUAUUCUAUAUAAUCAAUGUCGAAUAAUUUAUAUCAACAUUUAAUAUUUGUUACUUCGGCAAUUUCUGUGCUUCCAGCUUGAACAGAGGAGCACUACCUAGUAAAAUAAUAAUUCUAUUAUAAUAUAUUCCGACGUAUGACGUCUCUUAGCUUUCAGGUGUUAAUAAUCAGAAUGAGGAAUGGACGCGUGUAGUAGUCAUAAUUGUUAGUUAUUGUUACACGCGAUAAUUGCUUCAAUUGGUCAAUAGUUUCACGUAAAAGAAAAAGACUGAACGAGUAUGAUGCGUAGGGAGAAUACGUUUGAACAUAUGAAUUGUAAUGUAUCAUAGCACAAAAUUUAUGUAAUUGGAAAAAUGAUAUGAUUAUAUAGAAUUUCAUACGUCUGAAGCGUUAAUAUGGGAGGGAUAAUUGGAGGUGACAUAAUUUUCGUACAUAUAUGUAUAUAUAAGUAUUUCCAUUUAUUAUUUUUUUUUCCUUCUGUCAUUGCAAUUGAUUUCAUCAUUUUUGCAAGAGUCAUUGCGAUUGAGACACGCUGACAAUUGAACCAAAAAUUAUAUCCAUCUGACAUGUCUAAUAUCCAAACGGUCUGUCGUGACAGAAAUAAUGGCAAUGUGUAUAUCUUGUGUAAAUAAGUCGUUUUUAAUAACUGCAUACUUUAUUUGGCAUGCGUUCGAAACCAUCAUUAUGUACCAAUUUUUGCUGAGCACAUCGCGUAUAAAAUUCUCACUUAGCUGUAUCGUUCCUCUUAGCAUUUUUUACUCGAACUCGAAGCAAAACGUAAAACGUGCAUAAAUCAUAACGUUCUCUUUACUGCCAGUAGGUAGAGUAUUGAUAUAUCUAUAAAUAGAGAAGAAUAUAUAAAAAAUAACAGUACAUUACAAUUUUGGUACAUUAUGAUAUUUUUAUAAACUGUACUGGGUAAGCAGUAAGCGUGAGAUAAUAAAAUAUAAAAACAAAUCUCGUCGAAAUGCAAACCACA